AUGCGGCUGGCUUCUCGGGGUCGAGUCCAUCGGAGCAGUCGCUCUUCAAACCAGCAGACGGAGGGCUGGGCAGAGUGCAUGCUUCAGGCUGUGGUGGAUCAGAAUGGCGAAGCCUUCUCCGACCUCAUCAAGGAGAUGGAUAGCAUCAUUCCUCAGAGCGAAAUACUGAACAUGCCAGAGACCGUGAUGAGUGCAAUCUUGCAAAACAAAUUGCGGGCUCUAGGCCUCGUUUCAGCUCCGGAGGCCGCUUUCAAGCGCCUGCUGCUCGAGUUUCUGCGUCUGAGACAGCUGAGUGGCACAUGCAAGUGGGGGGAAGUGGUGCGUCAGUGCGUGCUGCUCUUGUCUCUCUAUGUGGAUGUGUACGUGGAGGUUCCCGCGGCGAGCUGCGGCUGGCUCGUUCCUGGGUUGGCGGUUCUUUGCAACCUCAUGAACAGAGCGGCCUUGGCUGCAGAUGCAGCGACAGACGACAGUCAGGAGAUGUUGGAGGAAACAGAGGGGGCGGCGGAAGCGGAGGAAGCGCAGAAUCGGUACACGAAAGAAGUGCUCAACGCAAUCAGACCUAAGCUGGGAAAGGUUCGAGGCGAAGAAGGAAGACACGGGGCUUACGUCGUGCUGUUAGGCCAGAGCAUCAAGCGAUGUCUGCAGCUCGGCAACAUGCAGAUGGCUGCAGGCUUUCUGAAGCUCUGCGACUCACGGCAGAUCAACUUCAGCCAUGCGCCUCGGGGACCAAUGGUGAACUUUCGUUACUAUUUAGGUCGCCUCUACAUGCAGCAAGAGCAGUUUGAGCAGUCGGAGAGCGAGUUAGUGUGGGCCUUUUCAAACUGUCCAUCCCUCAAGAUGCGAGUUCGCAGGAACAUCCUUGAAUGUCUUGUUGCCGCACGGCUUCGUCUGGGAAAACUUCCCAGCGCCGCGUUGCUGCAGAAAUACCAGAUGGCACAUUACCUUGGCAUCAUCAAGGCAAUGAAAACCGGCAAUCUUUCUCUUUUCGAUAAGGCAAUGGAAGAGAACGAGAGUAUCUUCAUAAAACACGGCACCAUUUUGUGCAUCGAGAGGCUGAAGUUCAUCGUAUUCCGCACGAUGAUGAAACGAAUGAAGGAGUGGUGGGUGAAAUCAGGUUUAGCCUCCAAGGCAAAUAUUGUGCCAAUCCAAGUCUUUACUGCCGCUAUCAAGUGGCAAACCGAUGAUCUCUUCGACGAUGACGAAAUGGCCUGCAUUAGCGCCAACCUCAUCAGGAUGGGAUAUAUUAAAGGAUACAUAUCGUGGGAACACAUGGUCAUUGUCUUCAGCAACCAGGAGCCGUUCCCCAGUCUUAAGACCUCUCGCACCUCUUGA